AAAAGAUUGCACGAGAUUACAUCCAGAUUGUGGGCAUCCAUGUAGAGAUAAAAUGUGUGGAGAAGAUUGUGGCAAAUGUUAUUGGCCGAUUGAAAACAUUGCAUUACCAUGUGGACAUGAAUAUAAAAAUGCCAAGUGUAACGAUAAUAAAAAUAAAGAGAGACUCCGUUGUCGUGAAAUGGUUUUAAGAAGGUUGCCUAAAUGUGAACAUGAACAUUUAAUGGAGGAGUUGUCUGAGAAAGCGAAUCCAAAUAAUCCGCCUGCAAAUAAUCCGCCUUUAGACACUGAAG